CGUGCCCUGUCGCCGGAAACGGAAGUGCCUCCCUUUAGUAAGCCACUCGAGUGGAGUAUGGCUCCUAGGAGCUCUCGCCGGACAGGCUCCCAUAAGGCUCAUUCCUUAGGUCGACAGUGGAAGGCGAAGCGGCGGCGCCGGGAUCUGGAUCAGAUCCACCAGGAUAUGCUGCCUGAAAACUCGGCGAAACUGCUGCGGCAGGAGCCGGACCCCGACAUGCCCGGGAGCGCUCAGCACUAUUGCCUGCAUUGCGCGCGAUACUUUGUUGAUUUAAAAAGCAUGAAGGAUCACUUCAGAUCUAAGGUUCACAAAAAGAGGCUAAAGCAGCUGAGUGAGGAGCCGUACACUCAGGAGGAAGCCGAGAGAGCGGCUGGGAUGGGGUCCUACAUUCCUCCCAAGAAAGUCGAAGUCCAUACACAACCCUUGGAGGAGAUGGAGGAAUCCAGCUAAGACAAGAGGGACCCCUCUGAAAAUUCUGUAGAUAACAUGAGAUAGUGGUGGACACUUGGCAUAACUGACAUUGGGCUUGUGUUUGUGUGUCUUCGGAUUUGUCUCUAUUUCAUGAUGGUUGUAGAUCCAAGACAUAAAAACCAGGAAAAUGGUUUCGGCAGAAAGAGGCAUCCCCUUUUGGUCAUUUGCAUUGGAAAAAGCACUUUUGUCCUGUGUUCUUUGGUGGCAGCCCAAGUUCAGCUGGAGGUUUGGGGAAGGAUGAGCAGGCGCCCCACUGUCAUAGUGACCUGGUUAUGUAACUAACUGCUUCUCUUACAAUGGCUUGUGUCUGUAAGCUGUGACUGUGGAUUUCCAGCUUUCUGCCCUGAAUGUGAUCUUUUUCCAUGUUUCCAAAUGAGUCCUUUUAAAUAAAUGAGCUGGCAAACUGUUA